AUGGGACAAAAAAGAACUGUAAAAGGGUCACAUGAAGAAUUAAUGGUUUUAGCAAUUACUGACAUUAUUAACCAGUUGAUCCAGGCACAUAUUCAAAAGAAAGAUGUUAAUUUAAACAGUAUAAAAGGAAAAUCAGCAAGUAAAUAUGGCCUUGCUAGUCAACCAAGAUUAGUGGAUAUUAUUGCUGCUGUACCCCAACAAUACAAAAAGGCCCUUGUUCCUAAGCUGAAGGCUAAACCUGUCCGUACAGCUAGUGGUAUUGCAGUUGUUGCUGUUAUGUGCAAACCUCAUCGAUGUCCUCAUAUUGCUAUGACAGGAAAUAUUUGUGUGUAUUGUCCUGGGGGUCCAGAUUCAGAUUUUGAAUAUUCUACACAAUCAUACACUGGUUAUGAGCCAACAUCAAUGCGAGCAAUUCGAGCCAGAUACAAUCCUUAUUUACAAACCAGACACAGAAUUGAACAGUUGAAACAACUUGGUCAUAGUGUGGAUAAAGUCGAAUUCAUUGUAAUGGGAGGUACAUUCAUGUGUCUCUCAGAAGAAUACAGAGACUUUUUCAUUCGGAAUCUUCAUGAUGCUUUAUCUGGGCAGACCAGCAGUUCUGUUGAAGAAGCUGUCAAAUAUUCAGAGAAAAGUCGAACAAAAUGUAUAGGAAUCACGAUUGAAACAAGACCUGACUAUUGCCUACGAAAACACCUCAGUGAUAUGUUAUCUUAUGGUUGCACACGACUUGAAAUUGGUGUACAAAGUGUAUAUGAAGAUGUUGCCAGAGAUACAAACAGAGGCCACACAGUAAAGGCAGUUUGUGAAUCUUUCCACAUGUCAAAAGAUGCUGGUUUCAAAGUUGUGUCACAUAUGAUGCCUGAUCUUCCAAAUGUUGGCCUUGACAGAGACAUAGAACAAUUCAUUGAAUUCUUUGAAAAUCCUGCUUUUCGACCUGAUGGUUUGAAACUUUAUCCAACUUUGGUGAUAAGAGGAACUGGGUUAUAUGAGCUUUGGAAAACAGGCCGUUAUAAGAGCUACCCACCCAGCACUUUGGUUGACCUUGUGGCUCGUAUUCUUGCACUUAUUCCACCCUGGACUAGAGUUUACAGAGUUCAAAGGGACAUUCCAAUGCCACUAGUCAGCUCUGGUGUGGAACAUGGAAAUCUGCGAGAAUUAGCUUUGGCCAGAAUGAAAGAUCUAGGCACUCAGUGUCGUGACGUUCGUACACGAGAAGUAGGAAUUCAGGAAAUUCAUCACAAAGUUAAACCAUAUGAGGUUGAACUAAUUCGGCGUGACUAUGUUGCCAAUGGGGGCUGGGAAACUUUUCUCUCUUAUGAAGAUCCAGAGCAAGACAUCCUGAUUGGUUUGUUACGCUUGCGCAAAUGUUCUGAAGACACAUUUCGACCAGAGUUGAAAGGUGGAUGUUCUAUUGUUAGGGAAUUGCAUGUUUAUGGAAGUGUUGUACCGGUGCAUGCUCGGGAUGUUGCUAAAUUUCAACACCAGGGCUUUGGUAUGUUGUUGAUGGAGGAGGCUGAAAGAAUUGCCAAGGAGGAACAUGGUUCUCAAAAGAUUGGUGUAAUCUCAGGAAUUGGCACCAGGAAUUAUUACCGAAAAAUUGGCUAUGAGCUGGAAGGACCUUAUAUGACAAAGAUGUUAUGA